AUGCAGAAAGAGAUCCAGGAGCUGAAGAAGGAAUGUGCUGGCUACAGAGAAAGACUGAAGAACAUCAAAGAGGCCACCAACCAUGUGACUCCAGAAGAGAAAGAGCAGGUGUACAAGGAGAGGCAGAGGUACCACAAGGAGUGGAGGAAGCGCAAGAGGAUGGAGGAAGUUGGGAUAGAGACUGAUGAAGAUCACAACGUCAAGCUCCCAGAUCCCUGA